UCAAAAUUUGAAAACGGAUAUGUUAAAAUAUUGGAGUUGGCUGCAAUGUCGACGCUUUGGGUCGCUUGUGCCCGUGGCCAUGAAUUAUGCCUUGUGGCAGGCCGCCAGUGUUGCCGAUGCCAGCAUUCCAAUUUUCAUAAUGCACGGACUGCUGGGGAAUAUGGAUAAUUUCCGCAGCAUUGCCAUGGCGCUGGCGGCGCAGGGAACCCGUAAUGUGUUCACGAUGGAUAUGCGGAAUCAUGGCGGUAGUCCGCAUACGAAUGAACAUAGUAGUCUGCAUAUGGCGAGCGAUGUGGCGGCCCUGAUGUAUGGGCAUGGUGUGCGGCAGAUCAUAGGCGUGGGACACAGCAGCGGGGGGCGUGUGAUGAUGACGCUGGCCCUGACACAGCCGCAGCUAGUUCAUCGCCUGAUCAUCUCAGAUAUAUCGCCCAUAACACUGCCCUCCAAUAUGCACAAAAUGACGCGUGUCUUUCAGACAAUGCUGAGCAUCAGCAUACCGACGGAAUUGACUUUGGGUCAGGCCCGCCAGCUGAUAAAGCCGGACUUAGAUAAGGUAACUGGUGAUGAGCGUUCCAGUCAACUGAUAUUGACAAACCUGACGAAAUUACCAAGCGGCGAGUUCCAUUGGCGGGUCAAUGUACAAGCCAUUCUUAAUAACUGGAUGGAUUUCACUCACUACCACGAUACGAUAAUGGGUCUGCCACCCUAUAUGGGGCCUACACUCUUUCUGGCCGGCCAACACUCGGCUUUUGUACAGCCAGAUGAUGAGCCACAAAUCCGACAAUUCUUCCCAAACAUGCAGCUACAAUGGAUGCAGUCUGGCCAUUUAAUACAUAUGGAACAGCCGCAAGAAUUUCUCAAUUUGGUGCUGCAGUUUAGUCAUUAAACGUGUUAGAUUGUCGGGUUUUUAA